GAGAGAGAGAGAGAGAGAGAGAGAGAGAUGAACAAGGAAUGUGCCACUAAAAAGAAACCGGAGCGUCGCUGAGGACGCAAGAGAGGAGGGCAGAAGAGGGAACGGCUGAAGAAAAAAGCCACCAGAAAUGCGUUAAAAAGUAGCAAAGGCGGGAGAACAGGGGCAGCGCACGGCCAACACGUGAAUGGAAGGAUUAUAAUCCAUCGUUUGGAGGGAUUUGACGCUCCCCAUGCGGAGACUUGAACCAUGCAGGGUCUGCUGCUGCUUCUGAGUUUGGCGUUGAGUUUUCACAGAGUGCGGACGGCACGGUUCUCUCAGGAGCCUGCAGACCAGUCAGUGGUGUUGGGCCAGAGGGUGGUCCUGUCCUGCGUGGUCUUCAACUAUUCAGGCAUUGUGCAGUGGACCAAGGAUGGACUGGCCCUAGGCAUUGGAGAAGACCUGCGGGCCUGGCCGCGGUAUCGUGUGUUAAGGCUGGUGGAUGUUGGGCAGUAUAAUCUGGAGAUCUCAGCUGCGGAACUCUCAGACGACUCUCUCUAUGAGUGCCAGGCCACUGAGGCUGCGCUGCGCUCGCGACGGGCCAAACUCACCGUCCUCAUUCCUCCUGAUGAGCCAGUGAUUGAGGGCUCCCCGGAGAUCCUCCUCACAGCAGGGGUUCCCUACAACAUGAGCUGCGUGUCCCGCGGAGCCAAACCAGCCUCGGUCAUAGAGUGGCAGAAAGACGGCCUGCCGAUAGAAGGGGCUGUCAGCACUACGGAGGUUCUUCCGGACAGGAAACGCGUGACUACACGUAGUUACCUCCCCAUUCAACCUCUAGAUACAGACACAGGGAAGAACUUCACCUGUGUGGCGACAAACCUGGCUGUUCCAAUGGGCAAACGGGCCACCAUCACCCUCAACGUACAUCACCCACCAGUGGUGACGUUAUCCAUCGAGCCUCGUUCCGUACUGGAAGGAGAGAGAGUGACCUUCACCUGCCAAGCUACUGCCAACCCACCUAUUAUGGGUUAUAAGUGGGCAAAGGGUGGUGUGGUCAUACAGGGGGCGAGAGAGAGUGUUUUUGUCACCAAGGCUGAUCACUCUUUCUUCACUGAGCCGGUGUCCUGCCAAGUGUUCAAUGCUGUGGGCAGCACAAACGUCAGUAUACUCGUUGAUGUCCACUUUGGUCCUAUCCUGGUCGUAGAGCCUAAACCAGUAACAGUGGAUGUCGACUCAGAUGUCACUUUAAAUUGCAAGUGGGCAGGAAAUCCUCCGCUCACACUCACCUGGACAAAAAAGGGUUCGAGCAUGGUUUUGAGUAAUAAUAACCAGCUGUAUCUGAAGUCAGUAAGUCAGGCCGAUGCCGGUCAGUAUGUGUGUAAGGCCAUCGUGCCGAGGAUCGGAGUGGGCGAAACAGAGGUCACACUCACAGUCAACGGUCCACCCAUCAUCUCUAGUGAACCGUUCCAGUAUGCAGUUCGAGGGGAGAGAGGAGAAGUCAAGUGUUACAUCGCCAGCACACCUCCACCUGACAAGAUUGUGUGGGCCUGGAAGGAGAAUGUGUGGGAGAAAGAAAAGGGGACCCUGUCAGAAAGAUACACCGUAGAGCAGAGCAAACCGAGCGCACAGGGCGGCGCAGUUCUGUCCACACUCACCAUCAACAACAUCAUGGAGUCCGACUUCCAGUCCACCUACAACUGCACUGCAUGGAACUCAUUCGGAUCUGGCACCAUGAUCAUCUCACUGGAAGAGAUGGAAAUAGUGCCGGUUGGGAUCAUUGCAGGGGGAACCGUUGGCUGUUCGAUUCUGCUUCUCCUGUGCUUAUUGGCUUUAGUGCUGUUUUUGUAUCGACAGCGUAAAGGAAGUCGUCGCGGGGUCACGCUCGGCAAGCCAGAUAUCAAAGUCGAGACGAUAAACAAAGAGAGCCACAGCCUGGAGGAAGAUUCAGGCAGCGUCUCCACAGCCACGCGCAUGGUGAAGGCCAUGUACUCGUUUUUACCUUCUGUGACCCUCUCUCCCUCCUCCCAGCCUUUUAAAGAUGACAUUGACCUCAAACAGGAGUUACGCAGUGACACGCUGGACACGCGCCAGGACUACGAGCUCAAGGACCCAACUAACGGCUACUACAACGUGCGAGCUUCCACCCAUGACGAGGGACGUCCUGCUUCCCGAUCCAUGCACUACUCAGACUACCGCACCUCCAGUCAGCCAGGGGGUGCCGCAGCCGUGGUCAGCAGCAGCUCCGGGCCUCCUCCUGGGGCCACGGCGGGACCGGGAACACCAAGCAGCCUGGCUCCAGGUUCACGAGCGGGCUGCUACGACCCCCGGCCUCCCUCGAGACUCUCACACAACAGCUACGCCCAGUUCAACACGUUCACCCGCGCAGGACAGUCCCAGCAGCCUCCGCCUGGCUCCGGCCCACAGACUAGCGACUUCCCCGCUGAAUGCAGCCUGUUGGACUCUUCCGGUCAGCUCGGCUAUGAAAAUUACGGCUAUCCCUCACAUUAUCCCACGUUUCGGAUGGGAUUUGCUCCCCCCAGCCUCGCCCCAUUAGAAGGAGGGCCAGCGUAUGAGAUGUACGGCGUGGGGCCGAGCGUUGGAGCCGGAGGAGGAGCCGGGACCCCAGAAACUGGACUUGGGAAAUACGGCAGUUCCACACGGUUCUCCUACACUUCCCAGCAUUCCGAUUACUCCCACCGUCACACACAGAGGAUGCAGACACACGUCUAAAAGAGAAACGGCAUGUUUACGUAACAUAAGUUGCGCUGUUAUGCCCAUAUCGGCCAUAUAAGUACACACACUCAUACAGAUACACGGGGUGAAGAUGAUGAACAAACAGAAGCUCAGACUGAAAAAAUGGGCCGUGAUUGGGGAAUGGGAUGCAGGGCAGGAGCGUCUAAGCAUUUAUUUCUCAGCUGCUUGAGCUGAAAGCGAAAGUCACAAUCAAGGAAGACUGGGGUCUAGAACAGAUCUAAGAUCUUGAUAGCAUUCAGUGAAUUCUGAAGGCUUUGAAUGAGCUGGAGUAUAAAGGUAAUUCCUGAGAAAUGAAGGGUCUCUGACAGAGAUGGACGUAUGAGAUCCAUGUUUGAAUUCUCUUCAAUGGCUUCUCCAGCUUCUCUCCUUACACCUAAUGUAGUUUAAAAUGACAUGCAUUGCACAAUUCACAGCGGGGUCCAAAAGUCUGAAACCAUCAAAAGUCUUUUCUAUUUACCAAGUUUUUUAUAUUGACUGACUGUUCCCAGCGAGCAUUUUUUGUUUUUAAAAGAUGUCUAAUAGAUGCCUAAUAGAUGUCUAAACAUAGUCGUCUUGGCUAAAACCAGGCUAAAUUUGGGCUGUCAUUGAAAAUCGUCUCAGAAUAAGCCAAAACUAGACUAGUCAUCAAAUAGACAGAAAUGAAUGACUACACAUAUGAAGUCUGUCUAAUCUAAAUGUGAAUGUUGAUCUUGUAAACUUUUGAAACUCAAAUCAUGAUGAAUACUUUGGAUCAUGGCUUCAGAGUUCCAUAUGAUCGUUUUUGGUGUAUUGCCAUAUUAAAAUAUGGUAGAAUAUUUUCUCAUAUUUGAAUCCAUAACAGCAGUGGUUCUUAACCAGGAGGUCUCAGCAAACUCCCAAGGGCUUCAAUAUGUCUUCCUUAUUUAAAACUAAACAAAACAACAUUAAAAAACAUCUAAAUUCAAGAUAUUUCCUAUUAAUUUACCCCUUCAACAACAACAACAACUUCUUUUGUGAAGUACCAGGGUAGCCUAAUUUCACACAAUUUCAUGUAAAUAUAAUCUCCAUCAAUUACUGAGUCAAUUACUUAGUUAUUUUUAUAAGUAGUAUAUAAUUUUCUAGGAAAUUGUGAGUAAAACAUAUUUUUUAUAUUCUUAUCCAGGAAUUCACGAAAAUGAACUAAGAUGUUGUGAAAAUGUUGGAAUGGGGCUAGAGUUAUGUAUUACCACUGCAUUAAACAAAUACUGCACCAUAAUUAGUUGGUGAAAGCAUUAAAUGAAUUUCAAGAAGUAUUAAAUCUGAACACUCAGAUUAUAAAAAUGGACAAUUAUUAAUCUACACUCCCGAGAAAAACAUUUGCAAAUGAACAGAAAACCUACUGACAGCUUGUUAGGCAACUUUUUCUCCUGUUUACAUGAUCAGCCCAGACAAGAUCAUUUCAGACUAAUGCAAAUGUCUUUUUUUUGCUGCUGAAGUAUUACAUAUUCAAUAUCAAAAGUUGUGGAAGCAGAUACCAAGGUGCAAUAAUGCAAUUCAAAAGCAUAAAUAAAUUACUAACAACCUUAUACAUGCUAUUUCUGUUAAACAGUCAAAAACCAUUUUGGUGUAUACAUUAGAAAAAAGACUUUCAGACCCCACUGUAGACAAAAAUGUGACAAAAUAUCAAACAUUUUAAGUACUAUUUUCCAUACUUUCUCAAACAAAAGUCUGCAUUGGACAAAAGAGCACACAAUACUCAUAUUCAAUCACCAAAGUGGCAGAUAAAUGAUUUUUAUUACUUUGUAUGUAAAUCAGCAUCUACCUAGCUAUCCAGUUUGCUGAGCUACCUCUAUAAACAGGUUACUAGCCUUCAGCGCAGCAACUUACUCCAAUCACGUUUUCAGGGCAGAAACGUCCGACUUCAUUGAAAAAGCACUUUUAAGCAUUUGCAAUAAAACACAUCACCCUUUAAAUUGAAGGAGAGCAGUUGAUGAAGCCACUGAAUUGGUUUCAGACAUGGCCAGAGACAGCCAUUUAGUUCACUAUCGUACAAACAUUCAGAACCAUGGAAUAUAUAUAUAUAUAUAAAUAUAUGAAUCUAUAUACAUAUUCAUAUACAGGAAUGCCCCACUCUUUUCCAUGGUGCUUUUGUAGUGGGGUCAUUGUUUGCACUGCAUUCCAGUAUUCUAGCUUAGAUUACCCUCAUAAUCGAUAUGUAAUCUCUCAUUUGCACACUAGGCUAGAGCGUUCUCUUUCUAUGUUUUGAAUAUUAGCGAAAAUCUUCUUUUUUUUUGUCAUAUUUCUGUAAGUGAUUCUGGACCAAAGGUUCAACGUUAGAGUAUCAGUCUUUAUUUGGGUGAUAUUCACCUCAAUGAACAAAAUAUGC